AUGAACCCAGAGGGGUGCCAGUACGAUCCACUUUACGGUUAUACACAGCCACAGACACGGCUGACGGCGGCACCCGAUAUUACAACGCUAACACCGUUUGCACCGCAAGCAGCACCUCUCGGAGAAUAUCCAUCGACGCAUGCACUCUCCACUUAUGAUCCAUACAGGUUGUUUAUUGGCGAACUUUUUUCUCACCAUUAG